CAGCAUAGCUUGAUGAGUGAUGUGUAGGUCCGCAUCCGGAAUCCGAAUCUGCAAACUUUGGGCCGCCAAAGUGGAGGGCGCAAACUUAACCACUACGCCACUGGGCCAGCCCCAGCAGACCUGAAUUUUAAUGUUGGCUCUGACUCUUAGAAACUUGUAUGCUUUGGGGAAAAUUUCUUAAGCUGUUUGUCUCAGUUUCCUCAUCUGUCAAAUGGGGAUGUUAGUCUCUGCCACACCAGAUUGUGAAGUUCCUAUGAGCUAAUGUAUGUUGAGUGCUUAUCAGUAGCCUGGCAGAUGGCUAAUCAAAAAGGUAAUACUGAAGAGUGGAUUGUAGGGAGUAGAGAGAAAACGUUUAGCCAGAUCCCUUUGCAAUGAGGGAAAGAAAGAGUUGGGUCCAGUUACAAGGGAAGUUAGGUUACAGAUUACUAAUGCGUUGUUCACUUCUUUCACAAGAGUACAGACAUUUCUUAGACUGUAGAGAAGCUUCCACAAUAUUUUAGAAAAAUUUAUUUAUGAUACUAGUUACAGAAUUAAGGUUUCAUUCAUGUUUAACCAUGGUCAACUUGAGAGUCCGUGUGCUUAAGACGGAUGCUAAUCUCCGUAGUGCGACUGCGCAUUUGCAGUUCUCAUUAUUCUUUUUCCCAGGCCAGGGAGAGCCUCUGGCUUCCUGGAGGAUGCAGAUCGUUCCUUCACUACUAACUCUGCUGCCUGUUUAAUUAUUUCGUAUGAUCAGAAGCUGGAGAAGAAGAAAGAAAAUUAUAACACUAGUAGCUUGUUACAGUGGAGGAAUAUUAAAUCGACAAGAAUAUUAAUCUACAAGAAUGAAUUUGUUUUAAUAGGAUAGCUAUAGCUGUAGCCUUCUAGAAACGAACAAGUUUCUUUUCAGACUCAGCAGUUUGUCUCCUGUGGUAAAAAAAAAAAAAAAAAAACCCAAAUCUAUUGAAUGUGGCAUAUUUGUUCACUUCCUGAGGUAGAAUUCUCUGUUUUGAUUGUGAAAUGUUAUUAUGUGUUAACACAAAUAUUAUUGAUGGAGAAUUAUGUGCUUUAUCAAGCUCCAAGAUUACGAGGGCAAAUAGAAAAAGUUGUCGAGUUGUUUGAGCCAGGAAAGUGGUUUUUGUUUACUUGAAGUCUAGCUUGAUGAGUUGCCCUGGAGUGUUCUUACAAUGCGUUUUCCAAUAGACGAACUAUGAGGCAAUCUCAAAAUCAGCAGAAAUUGCAAAAAUACAGUUUUCGCCAAAUUCAGUGAAAAUAUUGAUGGGAAUAACUCCAAAUCAGGCAUCCUAACCCAUGAAAUAAAUAGAGUAUAAAUGGGAGAAAUGAUGUGUUCUUGACUGGCUUCUGACCUGUUUAAUCACCAGAAUACGUUUUAAUUUUAUUUCUACAUUAAAAAAAUAAAUAAUAUUAAUUCAAAAUGUACCUUUUUAAAAAGUUUCUGUAAAAACAAAAAUACUCAUAAUUUAAAGAGUUCAGACAUGGGGCAUCUUCCCUCCAGGGUUGCUGACUCUUUUCCCUGAGCCCCUGACUUUCAGCCACACAAUCCAUUCCAGUCCCACCAUCCUCCCAUCCCUGCUGUUCUCUGACCAACUUCUCUUUUCGUGUGUGCCUCCAGGGGAUGUUUCUUCAAGCCUUGACAGACAAGGGACAUCUUAAGAUUGUGUCCCAUAUGUGGUCACAACUAUCUGAGUUAUGCGGCGUCUCACUGAGACGUCCUGGCUAAAGUUAAAGCUGUUUCCCCUUAGGCUUCUGGUCCAGCCCCGUGAAAAGUGUCCACAGAAACAGGAAAACAGAUGGACCAAGUCAGCAGAAUUCUCAAUUGAGAGCCAGUGCAGGGUGAUAAGUGAGAGAUGCACUUUUAAUGGAAUCCCAGGCUACUGGUAUUUGUUGGGCUUAAAUAGAAAGAGAUUCCUCUGUUCUUUUAUGAAAGUGAGUUACGAAACAAUACUAGGGGCAGCAGUUUUUCUUGAUCUCGUGUCACUCUUCCCAAAGUAGAAGAGUGAUUGCUUUGCUACAUCUGCAUCCUGUCGCAUAGCUAGCUUUCAAUAAAUGGUGAAUAAAUGAAUGAAUAAUGGGUGAAUGAAUGAAUAUUGUAUGCUACUAGAAUAGGAGUUAGGCCUUAGCUUCUGGGGACCUUCUAUUCUCUAUCUUUCUGUAACUCAGGGGACUUUGGAGUAUACCUGUGACCAGGAUAAUGUUGUAAUCUCAACAUGUUACCCUCUCCCCACUGCAGAAGCUUUGGGGAGCACGGUGGCAUGUGUGAAAAUAAGACUAAGAGGGGGCAGAGCCCACCUUCCCUACUCAAGUGAGGUGUCUAAAAGAACCUUUUAGGAGACACUAAAGAAUUCUAUCUAACUUGCCCUACAUUGGCCCUGGAUGCACCAAUGAGGCGUUGCUGGGCAUGUGUUAGUUGUAUAACAAGAUAGCCCGUAUAUCUUGGCAAUUGAUGUUUUGGCAACAGAUACCCAAAUACUCCAAGAGAAGCUCUCUCAACAUAUUUCUAAGGAGACUGGCAGAUGAAAGCACUUGGCGUCUGCUGUGCUUGUCAGCAUUUCAGAUGUAGUUAUGUUUUUGGAGUAGAGAUCUUAGAGGCUGGCCUACUGCUGUGAUUUUUCUCGCUCCAGAGCACUUGUUUUUGCUCCAGUUGGCUAUUUCGUUGAGAAGUUGCUUUUUGUGUCUGGAAAACAAGCACUGCGAAAAUUAAAACCUAGAAAUAAAAGCUGUAGUCUGAUUUUGACCACCUCUGCAAUCUUGACUUGGAGAGUACAGAAUAUAUUCAGGCUUAUUCUGAGUUUUAGUCUUUGAUGCUCUUUCUAACAGCGUUGAAUAACUAAUGUCUUUUCUAGAAGAAGGUCAUGGACUUUUUGGGUGUGAUGAAUUGUGUGUGAUAUUCAUUUCCUCUUUUGCUUUUCUUUUUGAGCAGAGAUGAUGAAAUUUUGGAAUAGAAGGCUGCCUGAAGAGUUUAUCUUGUUGCCUUGGGAUCUUAUUUCCUUUUUUGAACUGCAGUAGAAAUUCUGGAGGGAAAAAUGAGCUCUUUGCAAGACCUGCCCACGUUCGGAGGUGCUAUGGUACAGAGGGGUAGCGGCCAGUGGGAAGGGAUUCUCCAGUGGCCCUGAAUGGCAACGAUGUUGCCCUGAGAUGAUUACAGCACAACGGCAGAGCCUCACCACCCUAAUUCCAUCACGUCGGACAAAUGGACACCUACCUGGGAAUGGAGAUGUGUAUCAAGAAAGGCUAGCCCGUUUAGAAAAUGAUAAAGAGUCCCUGGUUCUUCAGGUAAGUGUGUUAACAGACCAGGUAGAGGCUCAGGGAGAGAAGAUUCGAGAUUUGGAGUUUUGUCUUGAAGAGCACAGAGAGAAGUUGAACGCCACAGAAGAAAUGCUACAGCAGGAGCUUCUGAGUAGGACAUCCUUAGAAACUCAGAAGUUGGAUCUGAUGGCUGAAAUAUCCAACUUGAAGUUAAAACUGACGGCUGUAGAGAAGGACAGAUUGGAUUAUGAAGAUAGAUUCAGAGACACGGAGGGGCUGAUGCAGGAGAUCCACGAUUUGAGGUUAAGAGUCAGUGAAAUGGACAGUGAAAGACUUCAGUAUGAAAAAAAGCUGAAAUCAACCAAAUCUUUAAUGGCCAAACUUUCUAGUAUGAAAAUCAAAGUGGGUCAGAUGCAGUAUGAAAAGCAGCGGAUGGAACAAAAAUGGGAGUCGCUGAAGGAAGAACUGGCAUCUUUAAAAGAACAACUGGAAGAAAAGGAAUCUGAAGUAAAAAGGCUACAAGAAAAAUUGGUGUGCAAGAUGAAAGGGGAAGGGAUUGAAAUACUUGAUAGAGAUGAAAAUUUUAAAAAGAAGCUCAAAGACAAAAAUAUUGAAGUACAAAAAAUGAAAAAGGCUGUGGAAUCUUUGAUGGCAGCAAAUGAAGAAAAGGAUCGGAAAAUAGAAGAUCUUCGACAAUGCUUGAACAGGUACAAGAAAAUGCAAGAUACGGUGGUAUUGGCCCAAGGUAAAAAAGGCCAAGAUGGCGACUACGAAGAUCUGCUCACUUCCAGUUCCGUUUCCACUUUGCUGGACGUGCAGAGUUUUAGUGAUCUGGAGAAAAGUCUAUCACCUAUACCAGUAAUGGGAUCUCCCAGUCAUGACCCGUUUAACACAAGUGUUCCAGAAGAGUUCCACACCAGCGUCUUGCAAGUUUCAAUCCCUUCCCUGUUGCCAGCAUCUAAAGGCUUGGAAACUUCUGAAAAAGCCAAAUUGCCUCCUAAGCCAGAGACUUCAUUUGAAGAGAAUGAUGGAAAAAUAAUCCUUGGUGCUGCUGGUGAACCCCAACUGUGCGAUAGUCUUUCGACUUCAAGUCUUCAAAAGUCUAGCAGCCUGGGCAACCUGAAGAAAGAGUCAUCAGAGGGGGAAAAGGAGCCUAUUCAGAAGCCUUCAGAGGAAAAAGCUCCAGGAGAAAGCAGCCCAUUUGGGAGCCUCCCUCCCAAAGCCCCAGGACAUGAUGCCUCCAUGGAUGACAACCCCUUUGGCACUCGAAAAGCCAGAUCUUCCUUCGGUCGUGGCUUUUUUAAAAUAAAAAGUAACAAGAGGACAGCAAGUGCACCAAACUUGGAUCGUAAACGAAGUGCCAGUGCACCCACCUUAGCUGAAACAGAAAAGGAGACAGCUGAGCACCUAGAUCUAACUGGUGUGCCUUCUCGGCCAAAAGAUGCACAGGGGAGCAGUCCCUUCCAGAUGUCUCCACCAUCACCAGAUUCCAAAAAGAAAUCCAGAGGCAUCAUGAAACUCUUUGGAAAACUUAGGAGAAGUCAGUCAACUACAUUCAACCCAGAUGACAUGUCUGAGCCUGAAUUCAAAAGAGGAGGGACAAGGGCAACUGCAGGGCCCCGAUUGGGUUGGUCUCGAGAUUUGGGACAAACUAACAGUGACUUGGAUAUGCCAUUUGCCAAGUGGACCAAGGAGCAGGUUUGCAGUUGGCUUGUGGAACAGGGCCUGGGGUCCUACCUGAAUUCUGGCAAGCACUGGAUUGCAUCUGGCCAAACACUUUUACAGGCGUCUCAGCAAGAUCUAGAGAAGGAACUUGGAAUCAAGCAUUCGCUUCAUCGAAAGAAACUGCAGCUGGCGCUGCAAGCCCUGGGAUCAGAAGAAGAAACCAAUCAUGGAAAGCUGGAUUUCAACUGGGUCACUAGAUGGUUGGAUGAUAUUGGUCUGCCCCAGUACAAGACCCAGUUUGAUGAAGGACGGGUAGAUGGUCGAAUGCUCCAUUACAUGACUGUUGAUGACUUACUGUCUUUGAAGGUUGUGAGUGUGCUCCAUCAUCUCAGCAUCAAAAGGGCCAUCCAGGUCCUGAGGAUCAAUAACUUUGAACCAAACUGUCUACGGAGGCGGCCGUCUGAUGAGAAUAGCAUCACCCCAUCAGAGGUUCAGCAGUGGACCAAUCAUCGAGUGAUGGAGUGGCUGCGCUCCGUGGACCUGGCAGAAUAUGCCCCCAAUCUCAGAGGCAGUGGUGUUCAUGGUGGGCUCAUGGUUCUAGAACCUCGUUUUAAUGUAGAAACAAUGGCUCAGUUGUUGAACAUCCCACCAAGUAAGACCCUGUUGCGAAGACAUUUGGCCACUCAUUUCAACCUUCUGAUCGGUGCUGAGGCCCAACACCAGAAGCGCGAUGCCAUGGAGUUGCCAGAUUAUGUACUCCUAACAGCUACUGCCAAAGUGAAGCCAAAGAAACUUACCUUCAGCAAUUUUGGGAAUCUGAGAAAGAAGAAACAGGAAGAUGGGGAAGAAUAUGUUUGUCCAAUGGAAUUGGGACAGGCAUCAGGAAGUACAUCUAAGAAAGGAUUUAAACCUGGAUUGGACAUGCGCUUGUAUGACGAAGAUGAUUUGGACCGGUUAGAGCAGAUGGAAGAUUCAGAAGGCACAGUGAGACAGAUAGGUGCAUUCUCUGAAGGCAUCAACAAUCUAACACACAUGUUAAAGGAAGAUGACAUGUUUAAAGAUUUUGCUGCCCGUUCCCCCAGUGCCAGCAUUACCGACGAAGACUCAAACGUUUGACCGUCACACCUGGAUGAGCAUGAGGAGCCCUUUGUCUUUUUCCAAUUUAUUUCUCAAACACUCACAGUAUACACAACAAGUGACAGACUGUAUAUUGUUUAUUGUACAGCUUCUGCUCAUUUAGAAGUGGAAAUGGAAAGCAGAGGUUAUGUGCCUAUUCUGAAGUUGCCAUGAAAAAUGAGACACUGGUGAAAGAGAGUAUUAAUUGUUUUUCCUCUAUUUAAUGUAAAAAUCUGUGAUAUAUUAUAUUUAAAGUGUUGCAUUUAAUGUAUUUUACCAUGGUGUUUCCAUUCACAUUCACAG